UUUUGAAUUCCCUCCUUCCACAAGGUUCAUUUCAUCCAUGGAAGUGGUUCUCUUGGCUUAAUUAGUGUGUGGUGUGUAAGGACCUGAACUUGGUUAUGGUGUGACAUGUCAUAAUACAUAUGUCUUGUGCAACUAUUUCAAUUGGAUUAUUUGUGAUAUCUGCAUACUAAUAUGAAAUAAAAUGGCAAGCAAGAAGAAAGAAAUUCAGCUACAGGCAGUAAUAACCAGUCAAACACAAUGGGAUGAGAUGUUGCUGAAUAAAGGUCUAACAGUAGUAGAUGUUUAUCAAGGUUGGUGUGGACCUUGCAAAGCUGUGGUGAACUUAUUCAGAAAACUAAAAAAUGAAUAUGGUGAAGAUAAUCUUCUACAUUUUGCUGUGGCAGAGGCUGAAACUGUCGUGGCUCUGCUCCCUUUUAAGGACAAAUGUGAACCUGCUUUCAUCUUCUGUUUGGAUGGCAAAAUGGUAGAUCUAGUAAAAGGUGCAAAUGGACCUCUUCUAACCAGAAAAGUGAUUGAGAUGAUAGAGAGAGAGAGAAAAAUUGUAGCAGGAGAAAUACCAAGACCAGAGUUGCCAGAGCUCUUGAUUAUAGAAGAGAAAGAAUCAGAUGAAGAACCUGAAGAAGAAGAGCCAGAAGAGAUGGAAAAAUAUACUGUUGUCAUCAUAAAACCUGAUGCAGUUGCUAUAGGAAAAGUUGAAGAAAUUAAGCAAACGAUCACGGAAGCUGGUUUUAUCAUCCUAGCAGAAGAUGAAAAAAUAUUAACUGAUGAACAAGUUAGGAAUUUUUAUCAAAGGAAAUCAGAAGAGCCUGAUUUUGAAGAUUUUGUUUCAUUUAUGCUGUCUGCACCAAGCCAUAUGCUGGUAGUAUCAGAAGGAAAGCAAGCACAGGAUGUUAUGCCUUUAGUACAAGAAUUUGAAGCACAUGAAGAAGCGGCGGUGGAGGAGGAGGAGGAGGAAUCGGAGAUGGAAGAGGAAGAGGAGGAGGAAGCUUUGCAUGAAACAGAGAUAAUAAGUGGAAAACCAGCUGGUUUGAAAGGAGCCUUGGAAAAUCAGGAAUUGUUAAGCUUAUGUGAUGUUGAAGACAGUGUUGAAGCAGCAAGCCGACAACUUGCCUUCUUCUUUCCUGAUUUUUCCAAACCAAAGAAAGGGCCAGAUGUCGAAAGAACAUUGGCCUUGAUCAGACCUGCUCUUUUGAGAGAAAGAAGAGAUUCUGUUUUGAAAAGGAUUGAGGAAGAUGGCUUUGAAAUAGCAAUGCAAAGAGAACUGGUCCUAACAGAAGAGCAAGCCCGUGUGUUUUACAAACAGCAUGAAGAUCAGGAUUAUUUUCCAGUUCUUCUACAAGAAAUGACUAGUGGGCCUACACUCGCACUUUCUUUGGUGAAAGAAAAUGCAAUACAGAAAUGGAGGGGUUUACUGGGCCCAAAGAUAGUUGAAGAAGCAAAGGAACAGUGCCCAAUGAGUUUACGAGCCGAGUUUGCCAUUGAGAAUGCCCCAAUUAAUCAGCUGCAUGGAAGCUCAACUCCUGAUCAAGCUGCAAGGGAGUUAGAAUUCUUCUUUCCUGUGGAAAACACCGUGGCUGUCAUUAAACCCUCUGCUCUUGAGGAACACAAAGUCUCACAGCUGUGGAGUUGGAAUAUCAUAUGUACUAUGCCUUGGUUUUCCAGUGGUCCAUCAAUGGUAAUGAUCCUAACCAAAGAAAAUGCUGUGGAGGAGUGGCGACAAUUAAUGGGACCAUCAGAUCCAGAAAAAGCAAGAGAAAUUAAUCCUGAUUCACUGCGUGCUAAAUUUGCAAAAGAUAUUCUGCACAAUGCUGUUCAUGGAGCAUCAAAUGAAGAACAUGCUGCAAAAAACAUAAAGUUUGUUUUUGGAGAUGUUGAUUUGGAGAGCCUAAAACACAAAUAUGUUUAUGUAUAA